UAAAAGGCCUGGAGGAGCAUCAGACGUCCCUGUUAAAACAAAAAGCGAUUAGGUACAGACGUUACUCCCGCCACCACCAUGAGUUCCAAGCCAGCCUAUAAAGUCGCUGACAUCAACUUGGCUGAUUUUGGCCGUAAAGAAAUUGUCAUGGCCGAGAAAGAGAUGCCUGGGCUUAUGAGUCUGCGUAAAAAGUAUGGCACAGAGAAACCAUUGAAGGGUGCUCGGGUUGCUGGCUGCCUGCACAUGACCAUCCAGACAGCUGUACUUAUAGAGACCCUUACUGAACUUGGGGCUGAUGUUCAGUGGUCAUCAUGCAACAUCUUUAGCACUCAGGACCAUGCAGCAGCAGCUAUAGCCAAGUCUGGUGUUCCAGUGUAUGCUUGGAAGGGUGAAACUGAUGAAGAAUACAUUUGGUGCAUUGAACAAACUAUACUCUUCCCAGAUGGAAAGCCCCUGAACAUGAUUCUUGAUGAUGGAGGUGACCUCACCAACCUUGUGCAUGAAAAGUAUUCGCAGUAUCUAGCUGACAUUAAAGGAUUGUCUGAAGAGACAACUACGGGUGUUCACAACUUGUACAAAAUGAUGCGUGAUGGCAAGCUCAAGGUUCCAGCUUUCAAUGUGAAUGACUCGGUUACAAAGAGCAAGUUUGAUAAUCUUUAUGGAUGUCGAGAGUCGUUAACUGAUGGCAUCAAACGGGCAACCGAUGUUAUGUUGGCUGGCAAGACCUGUGUUGUGGCUGGAUAUGGUGAUGUGGGCAAGGGAUCAGCUCAGUCACUUCGUGCCUUUGGUGCUAGAGUUCUCAUUACAGAGAUUGAUCCCAUCAAUGCUCUACAAGCUGCUUGUGAAGGUUACCAGGUUACCACUAUGGAGGAUGCUAUCAAGCAGGGAGCCUCUAUUUUUGUUACCACUACAGGUUGUCGUGAUAUUAUCACUGGAGCGCAUUUCAGUGCAAUGAGAGACGAUUCCAUUGUCUGCAACAUUGGCCACUUUGAUAUUGAAAUUGAUGUUAAGUGGUUGGACGAGAACUGCGUGGAGAAGGUAAACAUUAAGCCACAGGUUGAUCGUUACCUUUUGAAAUCUGGCAACCACGUAAUUCUACUUGCUGAGGGCCGCUUAGUGAAUCUAGGCUGUGCCAUGGGUCAUCCAUCUUUUGUUAUGUCCAAUUCCUUUACAAAUCAGGUCCUUGCCCAGAUUGAACUGUGGACCAAGCCGGGACAGUAUCCCAUUGGUGUCCAUUUCUUGCCAAAGAAACUGGAUGAAGAAGUGGCACGACUCCACCUUGACCAUCUAGGGGUAAAGCUGACCAAGCUGUCUUCUACCCAGUCCGAGUAUUUAGGACUUCCUGCAGAAGGACCUUUCAAGCCAGAUCAUUACCGUUAUUAACAGUUCCUGUACAAGAAACUGAUGUACUGUAAUUCCAGAUUUUUCCGUGAUUUAUAUUUUGUUGUUUUCUAGUCGUUGAUCACCUACACAUCCCAUUGAAUUUUAGGCAAGAGAGGAUUUUCUUCGACGGUGUUCAAGAAUCACAAAUAAUUAAAUUAAAAAUUUUAUUUAACACUA